GUGGGAAUAGGAAACCGGCUGUGAAGCUGGCGGUGCAUGAUUCCAGCCGGACCCUUCUCCGGCAUCGAGAAAAGAAUGGCGUCCUGUUACGACUCUUCCCCUGUCCACUUCCCUACAUGGCUCACCUCCGCAGACGCCUCAGGAGAAGCCUCCAAAGAAGAAUAUGUCACACUGCUGAAAACAGAAGACAUUAAAGUUGAGAACAUCGACUUCGGAGAAAGCUGCAGUUCCCAGCAAGUGACUUCUGACGCUCUCUGUGCUGGAGCGCCUUCCAGACGAACUCAGAAAGAUCCGGACAUGGAUAUAUUCUACCACUGCUCGGAGUGCGGUAAGAAUUUCACCAAACUGGGUAACCUCCAGACACACCGGCGCAUUCACACGGGAGAGAGGCCUUAUCUCUGCUCGGAGUGCGGGAAGGGUUUCAUCACACUGAACCACCUCCAGAUACACCAGCGCGUUCACACGGGAGAAAAGCCGUAUCAGUGCUCGGAAUGCGGGAAGAGUUUUAAUCAGCAGAUAAGUUUGAAAGAGCACCAGCGCAUCCACACGGGAGAGAAGCCAUACGACUGCGUGUUCUGUGGGAUGAGUUUUAGACAGAGAGGCACCCUCAGAAAACACGAGCGUGUCCACACUGGAGAGAAGCCGUACAUUUGCUCGGAAUGUGGGAAGAGUUUCAGUCUGAGGAGCAGCCUCCAGAGACACCAGCGCAUUCACACAGGAGAGAGACCGUAUUACUGCUCGUACUGCGGGAAGAGCUUUAUACAGCAUAGCAAUCUCAAACUACACCUGCGCAGUCACAAGACGGAGAGGCUGUAUCGCUGCUCGGACUGCGGGAAGAGUUUUACUCUGAAGAGUGGCCUCCAGAGACACCAGUGCGUCCACACAGGAGAGGAGCCAUAUGACAAAACAAUGACGUCCUAUAUUGAGUCUUCACCUUCUCCGAGUGCCCAGCUCAGCGUCUCCACGGACGCGUCGGGAGAAGCCCCCAGCGAGGAAUAUGGCGCGUUACUCAAAUCCGAAGAGAUUAAGGUUGAGACUUUGGAGUUCAGAGAAAGCUGUAGUUCUCAGCCAACAUCUUCCGGUUCUCCCAAAAAUAACUCCUCUCACAGACGGGCUCAGAGAAGCACAGGCAAGGAGAGGAAAUACCACUGCUCAGAGUGCGGUAAGAACUUCGGCCAGCUGAGUAACCUCCAGACGCAUCAGCGCAUUCACACCGGAGAGAGACCGUACCAGUGCUCGGUAUGUGGGAAGGGCUUUACGACGCAGAGCCACCUGCAGGCGCACCACCGCAUUCACACCGGAGAGAAGCCGUAUCAGUGCUCGGAGUGCGGAAAAAGUUUCAAUCAGCAGAGGAGCUUCAAAGUGCACCAGCGCAUCCACACCGGAGAGAAGCCGUACGACUGCUCGGUGUGCGGCCGGAGCUUCAGGGAACGGGGCACCCUCAUAAAGCACGAGCGCGUCCACACCGGAGAGAAGCCAUACAUCUGCUCGGAAUGCGGGAUGGGUUUCAAUCAGCAGACCACUUUCCAGGUGCACCGGCGCAUCCACACGGGAGAGAAGCCCUUUGACUGCUUGGUUUGCGGGAGGAGUUUCCGAGAAAGAGGCACGCUCAGAAAACACGAGCGCAUCCACACCGGAGAGAAACCGUACUUCUGCACCGUUUGUGGGAAGAGUUUCAGUCUGCAGAGCAGCCUGCAGAGACACCAGCGCGUCCACACAGGAGAAAAGCCGUAUUACUGCGCCUACUGCGGGAAGAGCUUCAAACAGUACAGCAACCUACAGCUGCAUCUGCACAGCCACUCCGGAGAGAAGCCGUACAGCUGUUCAGAGUGUGGGAAGAGUUUUACUCUACAGAGUAGCCUCCACAGACACCAACGAGGUCACACAGGAGAGGAACCCUGUGACUGAUCAUACUGAUCAGGGAAAAACCCUGGCAAAAAACUGAUUUUUACAUGAUUAACUGUUUUGGACGCCUUGACACGGCUAUGUUUAUUGGUAUUUGUGUCAUAUUUCUUACCACAGCACUAAUCUUGCAUCUGUUGCAUUCAAAACAUGACUCUAAACCCAAGACAUAAUCGGGUUACCUUUACCACUAAUGUUCAACCUUUGCAUUCACACAUGCAGCACUUAUGCAGUUUUUUUUUUACGUGUUCAUACAUGCUAUGAAUAUCCUACUAAACAAGACGACAGAACGCGGCCAAUAGCACAUGUACGAACAUAAACUCUCACGACUUCUUUCUCUCAAAAAGUGACAACUCUACUGUAAAAAAACAGCCUUGCCAGACGUCUGCGUCGCUUUUGCAAAACUAAACUGAAACUUUUAACUGUAAAAGAAAGACGACACAGAAACGGCUGGCAAGUCUAGACGUCUUUGUUUUGCCCAGUAAUGCUUGCCUUCUGUUCACACGUGUGGCCCCAGUAGUUUCCGAAAUUAGGUCACAAUUAUUACGUAAUCUCCUCAGUGCAAUUAUUUAAGCUGCAGUUAUUAUAUUAAUCGUGUAUUGUUAGCUUUCACACUUUCACAGUUAUGUUUACAUUGGAGCAAAUAGAGCGUGAAUUAGGUGCAUUUUUUGGUGGUGUGUAAAUAAAAUAAAGCAGAAAACAUUCUAACUUCUAGCUGGUGCCGUAACACCUUUAGAGGGCAGAUUUGAGUAGUGUUUGUUUAUUUGAGCACAAGCAGGUAAAAGUGGCCCAAAUCUGUUUUCUCACCAAAUCUGAUGUCUUUUUUUGGCUGUUUAUGUUGUCUUUUAAAAUGUGGUCUGUAUGUGACAUCAGUCUGAACAGAUCAGCUCCUAAAUUCACACAAAAAGAAUCAGAGCUUCAUGCGGCGGUCCAGAGGUAAACAAUCAUGAAUGCCAGUCGCUCCCGGAGGAUCAUCUUCAUCUUUACCAGCAUCACAGGAGCAUCAUGAAGCUUCAUUGACUGACAGCUGGGCUCGUCAUCCAGUAUGUGUUUGAGCCGUGAAAAGGGAGCGGUCACUUCUUUGGUUUGUGUCCUCGGAUUCUUUAAACUCCGCUUUCAGACUUUUCUUCGAUGCUCGUUCUCCCAUGGCCACAUUUGGACUCAGCAGCAUGAAAUUUUGACCAAUGUUGAGUUGGAUUGAUGUAAAAGUCACAUGAAUUCCGAUCUGGCUGAUCAGACGGAGUCGUGUUGCCACAGAACGGAUAGGGAUGGGAUUUCAGUAGCACAUAUGAAAGCAUCUCAAAUCGGAAUUGAGACUGUCAGAUUCAGUGUGUUUAUAGGUGACUGACACACAGACACACGUCUGAGUCACAUGAAGAAACGGAUCGGAUUUGGGCUGCUUUUACCUGCUGUGUGAAGGUAAAAAAAUCAUUGAAUUGAAUGGAAUUGACGUAGCCUAAGUAUUCACCGCUUGUUAGUCAAGAUGGCGAAUUUGGCCAUUUUAGACUUGUGCUUUAAUAAAAGGUAGUUGUCUUUUAAGUAAAGGCAUUUAAGUUGUCGCAGUUAUAUAUAUAUAUAUAUAUAUGGCAGUUAAUCAUUAGCUAAAGUUUUGUGAUCGUGAUCGGCCCAUCACGGGUCUUGUGCAGACACAUUGCCUUGUCGUUUACCCUCCUGUAAAAUUUCCGUUCUGUCCGCUCCUUAACCUCAUAAUUCAGAAGCUCUGGUGAUGCUGGGAGGGAAUUAAAAAAUUUUUUUUUCUUUUCGAAAUAUGUAGCCAAUUCCAUUUCAGACACCUACACUGACUAGAUGUGGGGAGACGAGGGGCCAUCCUGCGCACCCAGAGAGAGCGAGGACCACUGUGCUCUCUCGGACUCCUGGCCCCGGACGGCUGUAGCAUCACCGGGGAUUAGACUCGUGAUCUCCUGAUGGCCGUGCCAGUGAUUAGGCCGUUGUGCCGCGCUAGAGCCCUGGGAGGAAAAAUUUACAUACUGCAAAUUGUGUCUGCUUUGGAACAUCUUUGUUUACCAAAGAGUGUGACAGUUGCAAUGUCCAAAAAACGCUUUUCUUUUUAAUCAUAGAGAAAACCUGCUCAGUUCCUAAUAUGGGCAUAAAGCAGUGUUUACAUGCAAAGACCAUUUGAAUCCAAUUGAAUACAUUCUGAUUACAGACUAAGACUAGCCAUGUUUACAUGCAGCCUAAUAAUUCGAUAAUAAUCAGACUAAUGGCUCAAUCGGAAUAGAAUAUGUCCAUGUAUACACUUCAAUCAGAACAGUCUAGUCCAACUGAGGCCAUUCGGAAUACAGUUUCUAUCUGACUGAUCGAGGUGGGUAAUCCUGUAAAUAACCCGUUAAAUAGAAGAAUAAUAUCUGUAUAAAUGCCUGUAUCCGAUUACAUUCCCUAUCAGAAAGUUUAACUCCGUUCUGCAUGCGCGUUGCGUCAUAGUGAGAGUUUAUACCAUUCAACACGGCGGAGCUGAAGUUUAUGCUCUUAUCUUUAAAAGACGACAGUGGGACGGACGUCCAGCUUAUGUGUCUCAGAACACAACGUCUUCCCCUCUGCCUUCUUUAAUAAGGACAUGUGAAGGACGUUUUCCUCAGUCUGACGUCAUUUUAAAGCAGUUAAAAACACAAGCACUGCUCACUGCUGCUCAUCUCACUCUGACUGGACUCAGGCGAUGUUCGCUGUCAUGGUAACAUCUGCAUUAAGGGGUUCUCUACUCAUUCACAUCAUUUUGGAUCCGAUUACUUGUAGUGAGCAUGUAAAUGUCAUCUGUGUGAUAUAGAGUGUGAUAUAAACACCUCAGUCUUAGUCUUUGGUGAAAAUUGGUGUUUAUUCUCACUCUACUCAGCACUCUGAUGGAAAAUCUCUGUUUACAUGCUCACUACAAGGAGUCCGAUGCAAAAUGAUGCGCAUGCAUGGAGAACCACUUAGUGUAGAUGUUACCAUGACAACCAGCAUCACGUGAGUCCAGCCAGAGUGAGACGAGUUUUCAGCAUGCGCAGAACGGACUUAAACGUUCUGAUAGGAAAUGUAAUCAGAUACAGGCAUUUACACAGAUAUAUUUGUUGAUACAUAUAUUUAUAUCUAUUUAACAGAUUAUUUACAGGACUGUAAGGAGGGCUUUGGCAGUGGCUAAUGUUUAUUUAAGGUGGAGAACGUCAUGAGAAUGCUCUGUGCUCUUAUUAAUGUUGUGUAAUACUGGGCUCAAGAUUGCUAAGCUAGAAGUGAAGAUAGCACUUGUUCCCCAACCAGCACCGUGCUAGCUGGCUACAAUGUUAGCUUCAGCUAAGCUGGCAGGCUAACUGCCUUGUAAGUUAUGUUAUUAGUUGCCUUGUACUUUAGAGGAUAAAGUUUAAUGAUGUAGUCUAAAGGAUUAAGAUUCAGAUACGAGUAAGGAAAGCCGAGUGACUGGUCUUCAAGUAGAACUGGAUAAUAUGACAAUAUUUAUUGUUAUGGUGUUGAAACACGUCACAAUAUGUCACACUAUGCUUUUCACUAGCGUGUCAUGUAUUUCAUCAGCACUUAAGAACAUUGGUCAACUGUGUCUGUGAUUACAGAGGUCAGUUAGUCCUGUUUAAUUGGGCUUAGUGCAGCUGUGUUAAUCGUUUUAUUAAUCUUUUUUUAUGUCGAAAUCGCAAUUUAAGGCAGUGCAGUUUUCAAAUCGCAGGAGCUGCAAUUUGCUUUAAUUAUAGCCGACACUCUUAACACACAGCUUUUCAAGGUUCUUAAAGAGAUGGUUCUUUAGAAAAGACAGUCAUUCCAUACAGAACCAUGAAUGCUGAAAGUUCUUUGCCUGGAGAAAAGGUUCUUCAGAUUGGAGAACAAACAGUGCUUUUUUAUUUAUAUAUAAAAUACACUUUAUUUCCAAAAGUAUUCGCUCAUCUGACGUCACUUGCAU